AUGGCAUCGGCUUCGAAAUCAUUACGAAGGCAAGAGCAGUUCUGCCUUGAUACCAUGGAAAACGUGCUGCAUUUCAUGCACAAUUAUGAUGAAGUGAGAGACAAAUUUCAAAUUGAAGGUUGGAAAACUCGUUUGAAUGAGGUUUUUUCUAAUUUCCAAACGAUUCGGUUGAAGUUGGAAUUGAUCGACGAGGAAGAAGAAAGUGAAGAGAGAGAAGAUGAAUAUCGAAGAGUUCGGGAUUCGUUCGAGAAAAACUAUGUGAAGGUGAUUGGCUUUCUUGCAGCCGCUGAUCGCAAGGCAAAUCCUCCUGUUCCUCCAGCCGUUGCUUCCAGCUCGGUCAACCUGAAUCCUAACCCAACUCUAUCUAGAAUAAAGCUUCCUGAAGUGAAGCUGCCUACCUUCGAUGGUACAUUCGCUGAGUGGUUAUCAUUCCGUGACUCAUUCAAGAGUCUUAUCGAUUCAAACCCUAAUUUAUGUGAAGUUGACAAGCUUUCCUAUUUAUUAGGAUCUCUUACGAAAGAUGCCAAACGUAUAGUGGAAUCGAUUGAGAUUACGUCGGCAAAUUAUUCGGUUGCGUGGGAGUUACUACAAAAUCGUUUCGACAACAAAAAAAUCGUUGUAAAAACGUAUUUAGACUCUCUUUUCUCGAUAGAACCUAUAAAGCGAGAAUGCUAUGACUCGCUAAUGCAUUUAAUCGAUGCUUUCGAACGCAACUUAAAAAUGGUUCAAAAGAUGGACAUAAACACAGAAGGAUGGAGUAUCUUACUGGCGCACAUGAUCUACUCUCGUUUGGAUUCGUCUACGCUGAAGCAGUGGGAGAAUCAUCAUAAGUCGACGGAGGUUCCAGAAUACCGAAAUCUUAUCGGAUUCUUAAGAAAUUAUGCCAUGGUCCUCCAGUCGAUCUCGCCUGCUAAAUCUCGUAAUUCGGACACCCCAUCUCCUGCUCGGACGAACAAACCGAAAAUUAGUAACAUCCACUCAGUCGUAAGCGCUUCAUCAAAACCAUGCCCGUUCUGCAACCAGGCAUUGCACUCCAUCUUCAAGUGCGAGGCGUUUCGCAAGAAUUCGGUGUCUGAAAGAUACGAUUUAGUAAAACGGAAGGCUCUUUGCAUCAACUGUCUCUCUCCGGAUCACCAGGUCAAAAGCUGCUCAUCUAGUGCGUGUCGCGUUUGUGGCCAAAAACACCACACGAUGCUCCAUCAACAAAACAGCAAUCGCAAUUCAAACCAAUCGCAACCCUCAAGGCCAAACCAAAGUCCACCUAAUUCCGAACAAAUGCAAGUCCAAAACCCGAUCGCAAAGGGCACUCCAAAUCAAACUUUGACAUCAACCACUUCGGCCGGUCCAUCAGUUCCCGUCAUCGCUCCGUCGCUCAGCCACUGCUCCACCUCCUUGGUCGCAAACGUCCGCCCGAUACCAUCAACGGUUCUGCUACAGACAGCUCUUGUGAAGAUUAUCGACUCUAGCGGAUACUCAAUGUGGGCCAGAGCUCUUCUGGAUCCAGCCUCGCAGAUUAACGUCAUCUCCGAACGAUUGAUUCAACGGCUGCAUAUUCGGAAGAAUAAGGAUUACCAUACCAUCGGGGGCAUCGGAAGAACAACCACGAUGUCUACUCAUUCUAUACUUCUGUGCAUACGUUCUCAUUGCACGGAGUUCAGUGCUGACUUGAAGUUUCACAUUCUCGGCGAAAUCACGCGCGAUCUACCCUCGAACGCGGUGGAUACGACCAACUGGAAAUUGCCAUCCGAUAUUGUCUUCGCAGAUCCGAAAUUCUACGAACCAUCACCUGUCGACAUGAUUAUCGGAAUGGAGAGUUACUACGAUCUCCUCUUGGAAGGCUUCAUAAAGCUAGGUCCAGGCAAACCUGUUCUGCAGAAAACCCUACUAGGCUGGGUUGUCUCCGGAAAAGUUGGGAUAAACCAACCGUCAAGCUCAACGAUCGUCGCACAUGUAUGCAGUACGCAAGCGUUAGAGGAUCAGUUGGCCAGAUUUUGGGAGAUCGAAUCUUGUCAGUCUUCCAGUACGAUGUCUGUCGAAGAAUCGUCCUGCGAAGCCCAUUUUGCUGCAACAACGACGAGAGAUGAUCUUGGCCGUUUCGUUGUUACUUUACCAAAAAAAUUUGAAGUAUUACAGCAGCUUGGAAACGCUUACCCAACAGCCAAACGUCGCCUCCUCUCGCUGAGCCGUCGCCUCGAAGCAAAUCAUUCGCUUAAAUUAGCCUACUCGUUGUUCCUAGAAGAAUACCUCCAGCUUGGACACAUGGAAGAAGUAUCUCCAGAUUCGAUGACCACCACAAAUGCUUCCUACUACCUUCCGCAUCAUUGUAUCGUACGUCCAGAUAGCCUCACCACCAAACUCCGCGUAGUGUUCGACGCGUCAUGUGCAACCGACACUGGAACCUCACUGAACGACGUUUUGAUGGUGGGACCGGUAGUGCAACAGGACCUUGUCAGCAUUACCAUGCGUUUUCGGGUACCACGAUAUGCCAUUAUUUCGGAUAUCGAAAAAAUGUACCGUCAAAUUUGGGUACACCACCUUGACUGUCCUCUCCAGAGAAUUUUGUGGAUAGACAAACCAGGCGAUCCGAUUAGGGUCUUUCAGCUGAAAACAGUCACCUAUGGAACUUCGGCUGCACCCUAUCUUGCCACAAAAUGUCUUCAAGAACUCGCAAAGCAGAGUAAAUCGUCUCAUCCAGCAGCUGCAAGUGUUCUGGCAAACGACUUCUACAUGGAUGACAUGAUAAGCGGGGUCGACGGUGUGUUAGAAGGAAAGGUUCUAUGCAGCCAGCUCCUACAGCUCCUUGAAUCAGCUGGCUUCAGUCUGCGUAAAUGGUCGUCGAACUCAUCGGAAAUUCUCGAAUCCAUUCCGGCACAUCUUCGAGACGAACGCUUGGUAUUCGACCUUGAUUCAAUGUCUUCAGUCAAAACGCUGGGACUCAAGUGGAUCCCCGCAUCAGACGAACUGGGGUUCCACGUACCAAAAUGGAAUAAUGAGGAGGUCAUCACGAAACGUAUCGCCCUAUCAGACUCCGCCCGUCUCUACGAUCCUCUUGGCCUAGUAGGGCCCGUCAUCGUACUCGCUAAGUGUUUCAUGCAGGAACUCUGGGCAAUCCAGAAAACCUGGGACGAACCAUUGGAGGAAGAAAUCCAACUGCGCUGGUUGCAAUUCCGAAAGGAAUUAGCUGCAAUCGAAUCAAUCGUUGUUCCACGUUGGGUGAUCUCAAUGCAACAACCAAUUAUCAUCGAGGCACACGGUUUUAGCGAUGCAUCCCAACGAGCAUACGGAGCUUGCAUCUAUCUUCGUGUAGUGUCAUCUAAUGCAGCUAUAUCGGUCCAUCUUCUCACCUCGAAGUCUAAAGUCGCUCCGCUUGGGAACAGCAAAAAUCAAAAAAAGAUUAGUCUUCCACGUCUGGAACUAUCCGGUGCACUGCUUCUCAGUCAUCUCUUCCAAAAGGUCCGACACAGCUUGAAACUGGACCUCAAAUGUUUCUACUGGGUAGAUUCCACCAUAGUUCUACAUUGGUUGGCUGGGACACCUUCACGAUGGAAGACAUUUGUAGCAAACAGGGUUUCCGAAAUCCAGCAUAUCAGCGCCGGUGGUAACUGGGGACACGUGUCUGGACUGGAAAACCCUGCGGACAUCAUAUCACGUGGAAUGUUGCCAACACAACUGAAGGAGAUGGAUAUCUGGUGGCAAGGUCCCACUUGGCUUAGACAACCUUCCCGAUUCUGGCCAUCCCACAUCCGUACGGCUGACGAUGAGUUUUCCUCCGAAGAUCUAGAAGAACAAUCGACAACUCUUCCUGUUCAAUGUCAACCUGCAAAUCCUAUCUUCAGCCUCCGAUCAUCAUUCUCAUCGCUCGUUCGUCUGGUGGCCUACGUACGCCGGUUCAGCCACAAUUGCAGGCCUGCUAAUCGCCAGAAGCAACUCUCCGGAUUCCUCCGUACUACGGAGCUCAACGAAGCUACACAUACUCUGGUUCGAAUUGCUCAAGCCGAAUCGUUUCCGAACGAUAUACAAGCCAUUCGUUCUGAUGGACAAAUCAAACCGAACUCGAAGUUGAAAUCUCUCUCUCCGAUCAUCAUCGAUGGCAUUCUGCGCAUUGGUGGCUUCGAAACGCGCCUGUUUCCGAAGACCGAAAGCACCCGUGCAUUUUGGCCACCCACCAUACUCUUACAGAACUGA